GCAUAUUCUCUUGAAUGAUUGCUCGAAGGAAUAGCGCAUAGCAAAUUAUAGGCUUAUUUUUCGUUCUAAAAAUAUAUUAACAUUGUUAUAGAACAAGGUUGGAUGAUUCAAAUCAUUUUUGAUCGACAUGCAACUGUCUUUGAUGGUGUUUAGUGAACGUCUGAUUUCCAAUCAGUUGCUUUGUGAUAAGAGAUCAAUUCGUGGUGUUAGCAUGAUUAUCUCUGUUCAAGUUGUGAUUGUGUUGUCUAUGACUGCUCACUGCGUCAUCGGGAAAGCCUUAGAACUCUCUAAUGUGUCUACUAAUAUUUCCAACCCUAUGACAGAAGCAAAUAAUCAGGGUGACAACAAGGUGUUCUCGAUGUUCAAACCUGCAGAAGAAUCGAUCUUUAAGCUGGUCCACAUGUUUUUCAAUACAACCUACGUAACCUCAAGGGCGGCUGUGGAUUCUAUCAAGGAGCACAGUCAGAUACGGAGAAAAUUGGAAGAUAAUCUAGAAGGCUUUGUCGAGAACCUUCCAUCUUUGCCAGUACCUUUGCUAGAUAAUCUCGCAGAUAUAAGGAAAAAUAAGAGUCUAUUUAACCUCAAUAACUAAGUAUCUCGUAAGGAUAACUUAGAAUAGUUGAGUGGUAUCGAGAAAAAGGCACUAUACUUUUUUAUAGUUUUAUUAUAAAAUGUUUAAAAUAAUAAAUACAUAACAUAAUGAAAUAAAUAUGAUAUACAAAUUGUCGUCACAA